AUGCAUUCGCGCGAUCUGGUGUAUCCAUACAUUGCUAUUACCAGGCGGAGAGUGUUUUUCUUGCCUCAAAUACGCCAGGGCAUCGCCACAAACUCCAAGGGUACCGCAUUCGUCGUCUACGAGGAUGUCAUCGAUGCAAAGCAGGCCUGUGAUAAAUUGAACGGCUUCAACUUCCAGAAUAGAUACCUUGUCGUCCUAUACCACCAACCAGAGAAAAUGGCCAGAUCGAAAGAAGAUCUGGCCGCACGACAAGAAAACCUAGAACGACUUAAGCAGCAACACGGCAUCGAUUGA